AUGGCCGUCAUUAACCAGGAUUUACUGUCGGUGAAAUAUCUAUUAAGCAAAAAUGCGAACGUCAACCAAAGGGCAACUGGUCAGUUCUUCUUACCAACUGAUCAGAUUGGUAAACCACCCAAAAAGGAAACAAACUUUGACGGUUUGGCCUAUUAUGGUGAAUAUCCACUGACAUUUGCUGCUUGCAUUGAAUCGUAUGAAAUCUAUGACUACCUUAUUAGCAAUGGCGGAAAUCCGAAUUUAAAAGACACUUUUGGAAAUACAACUUUGCAUGCAAUCGUCGUUGCUGAUAAAGCGGACUUUUAUAGAUACGCUGUAAAGCACCUGACUAUAGCUGGAGAUGUGACACAAAAAAAUAUGUAUGAUCUCACUCCUCUAGCGCUUGCUUGUAAGUUGGGACGCCCCGAGAUAUUUCACGAAAUGCUGGAACUCAGUGCAAUUGAAUUGUGGCGCUACAGUAACAUUACAUGUUCUGUGUAUCCAAUUGCAAAUCUUGACACGGUCGACCCAGACGGUGUGACAUCUUGGACAUCUGCAUUGAAUUUGAUCAUUGAUGGCGAGACCGAUGCUCAUUUGGACAUGGUAGAAGGGAAAGUUAUUAAGCAGCUAUUAGAUGAAAAAUGGAAAACAUUUGCCCAGGCUGGUUUCUUUAAAUUAUUAGGAUUUGCUCUUGUCCACCUAAUUUUACUCAGCAUUGCUGUUUACACAAGGCCUGUAGACAAUUUACUUCAAUUCAAAGGACCAAUUGAUGCUGUAAGGAAAAACGUUUUAAUUACCUCAAAUAUUUAUUAG